GCAAAAUGUAAAACUGUUUAUUAUAAGGACUUGAAGGUCUUACAGAUGGGGUGAGGAAAUCCAAUUUCCAGCAGGAGCUGGAAGCGUAGCUGCUGCUCCUGUGCAUCAAUCAGGAUUAUUCAGGAGCUUCAUACAUCUGUUCAUGAACCUCCUGGAUGCCUCAGGAGGUAUCCAAGAUGCCUCACAUCUGGAGGAGAGGCAGGGCUUGCAGAAGGGAUAAAAUAUCUUGUCUGAUCUUGGAAUACUUCAAAAAGGUAUGUUUAUCUAUUGAAAUGGUAUCUGUAUGUAUAGCUUGUCACACAGUUCGUUGCUCCAGCUGGAUUUAGAGUAGAGAAACCGAGAAAUAACCAAUAACUCCAGAGUUAAAUGUGCAGGAUGGUAAAUAAAGAUAAAGUUGUUAAAGGAUGUAAAAACCAUUGAUAACUUCUAAUAAAACAGAAAAAGUCCUCUAUUUGACGUGAUUUGAAGGAGUGUCUCUUUUUUUUGUUUGCUUUUCUUGAUUUUUGCGUGCCUAAUUCCUAUCUUACAACACAUCACACUUCCUCUGUCUUCUCAGAUCACACCUUUCUGAGAGGGAAGUGUCUGCAGAGUGACAUCUGUUGCAGGAAAACUAUUACAGGUUCCGUUUUGAUUCUGGUUUCUGCGUGGCCUACAUACCAGGACAUAAACAGAGGUUCCACACGUCUCUAUAGUUAUUUUCACGUGAAGAUGCAGAAGCGCAGCCUCGGUUUCAGCCUCCUCUCAGCUCUGAUGCUGCUCACCUGCAUCCUGACAUGUGUGCAUGGAUGUGACUUUGCUCAGCCGGUGUGCGGGGCUGAAGCUGAGGGGGACGUGGUGAUUGGGAUAAUGUUACCGUGUCAUCAGAAAGUGUCUGCUCCUCAGGAACGGAUCAGACCUGAGAGCUUCCACUGCUCACAGUGAGUAUGAGAACAAGUGAUUUAGAUAUUUUAAAUGACAUUAUGUGUGUGUCAAGGGUGACUUUUUUAUAAUUAACAGUCUACAGAUGGGGUCAUUUUGAUAAACUGCUGAGUUUCUCCCGACAAAACCUUUUUUUUAUCACAUCUUAAUGGUAACACUAUUUUACAUCACAGCUGGAAAGCACUUGACUGCAGUGUGAAGGGGCAAUAAAGGCAUCAAAUAAGAAUACUGCAUUAAAUUCAGACUAUAAUUGCAUGAAGAUAAGACUCUCACCUGCAGACACUGCUUUUCAAGAAACUGUCAGCAUGCCGCUUAUUAGUUCAGAGCAGAUAAAAUUGUCUGCGAGGUUAAAGAAAAUGUUAUUGGUGCUUUUAUAUUAAAUUUCAGCUCAACUUUACAACAAUAUGUAUGAACGCACAAACAGAAAUCACCAUGCACACUGUUGGAAAACUGGGUUUUAUCCUCACAGAAGGACAUUUCAAAGGGUAAAAAAACACUCUGGGCCUUGUUUGUGUUGAAGUCCCCUGCAAUGAAAAUGUAAUGAGCUUCCUUACAGGCCGGUCAUCUGAAUCUGGGUUAUGGUUCUUUUUCUACACUUUGGUACAGCACUUGAUCAAUAAUGACUGCGUUUUUUUACCUUCAUAGUUUUGAUCUGGAGACGUUCAUGUUAUCUUUGGCUACAAUCCAUGAGAUCGAGGAGGUAAACGCAGCAGGCUUCCUCCCUGGAGUGCGUCUUGGAUAUCUGAUGUGUGACACGUGCUCAUACGCCAGCAAAGCUCUGCAGAACGUGGAGCACAUGCUUGCCAUCAACUCGUCUCUGAAUGUAAAGUGUGACUACACCGACUUCAGACCAAGAGUGAAGAUUAUUUUAGGAGCAUUGUACUCGGAGGUGUCCAUCGCUGUGGCCAGACUGCUGAAUGUCUACAUGGUCCCUCUGGUAUGUCACUGCCAAUGUCUGUGCAACUAUUAUUUCAGUCCUGAUUAUUGUUUAUUCUCUGAUGUUGAUUUAUAACCUGCUUCUUAGAAGUAAUUCUGGGAUUUUAGUCCCAUAAAAAACAGCUGGGAAAGCAGGCAGGUCCACAGUAGGAAAAUGUCUGGCGAAGCGAUCCAGGGGAACUAUGACACGAUGGAGCACAGGGAUUCCCUUUAAUGCCUGAAACCAGAAAUUAUGGCCGGAAAAUUCAAAUUUUUUGGAGCUGAAAUGUUUAUUUCACUUGCGACUGAAAACCCCUCAAAAAUUGAAUAUUCUUAAAAUGUAUCAAAUAUAUUUAUCUUAUUUGAUACAUUAGAUGUUUUUGAAAACUGAUAAAACACAAGAGGACAUUUUUAUCAUUUAUCAGACUGUAUUAAGGUGUUUUUUUCAGUAAUUUGUUGAUUGUAUUGAUUUGAUAGAAGUAUCAUAAAAGUUUGUUUCAAAUAUGAAACAAACGCAUUAAAGGGCAGGAAAAGACUGAAUUUGUGGGACAUGAUAAUUCAAGGUUAAUGACACUCAGUCAAUCAUGAAUCUGAGGAUUAAGGUUGCUCACUUUAACAUGUAAAGACUAAUUUUGAGCAAUAUUUUCUGCAAAACUUAAUUUUUAAAUUUAGGGGGACCUUUUAGUGAUAUAAUAAAUCUUUGGAUUGUACCUUUAUUGUUGGAAAUUCCAUCUUUCAAACUAAGUAUUUCAUUUUAUUAAAGCUCCUGUGAGUAGUUUUUAGCUGGUUGAAAAACAGACCAAAAUUAAUGCUGAUGUCUAAAGAGGUCUUAAGAAAGCAAUAAGAGACAUCUACAUAAAGACUGACCACGUCUACAGAAUUGAUUUAAAUAUGUGUUAAAAAAAUUGGGGGGUAGGGGUCAGUCUGAGUAGUUUUUGCAUGGCAAAUAUUUUAAAUGUCCUGUAUUUAAAUGUUAAAAAAGUAAAAUAUGUCUUACUCAAAAACAGGGAAUAACCGGUAGUAGUAAUAAGAGGUACACUUUGUUCACAGGGGCACUGAAGGAGCUUUAAAAUCAGUUUCUUAUAUUUUUCAUUUGUGUAUUUAAAGUUCUUUCUGUGUUAUUUGAUCUCAUCACCAGCUGAGCAGCACAUCAUCUUCAUCCGAACUGAGCGAAAAGACACGUUUCCCAGUUUUUCUUCGUACCAUUCCCAGCGACAUCCAUCAGACCAAAGCUCUGGCUAAACUCAUGCACCACUUUGACUGGAACUGGGUCGGGGUCGUGUACGGGGACGAUGAUUACGGCAGGGCAGCUUUCCAGAGCUUCCUCUGGGAUGCCGACGCUAAUGGCGUGUGCUUGGCCUACCAGGAAGAGCUGCCUAGUUUUCUCGGCCAUUCAGAAAGCAAGCGGCGAAUCAGACAGGUCGCCCAGCACAUCCGCUCCUCCUCUGCACAGGUGGUCCUGUUGAUCCUCAGAGCAGAGCUGGUCCAUGCCAUCUUUGAGGAGAUGAUCAGGACUAACACCUCCAGGACCUGGAUCGCCAGUGACUCCUGGUCCAGCAGCUGGUAUCUCGCCCACAUGGACGGCAUUAACAAGAUUGGGGACAUCCUAGGUUUCACUUUUGUCGCUGGAAAGACUGAAUCUUUCGAUAAUUAUCUCAAGAAUCUAACAACACCUACUGCAGGACACAAUCACUUCAUCGAAAAAUACAAAAACCUCAGAUUCAACUGCACCCCGGAGUGUUUCUCCAGCCAACCUCCACCUCAUUGCCCCCCUGAUGACAUCCUGAAAAUCAAAUCAGCUGUAGCAUGCAACAUCAACAAUCCCCAAGAGCAAAAUGAUGACUACCUGGUGAACACUCUGGAUACAACCAAGGCCUUCCCAAACAGGAUAGCUGUGUGGGCUGUAGCACACGCUCUGAAAAAGCUCCUCAAGUGCAACACUUCCUCAUGCUCAGGAGAGACAGACUUCCCACCGUGGCAGGUAGGAACAGAUAUUUGAUUCCUCUAUUUGUUUAUUUUAGAUGAACAUACAGGUAUUUGCAACAUCUGAAACAGGUGACAUAGGGUUAAACUUUAGGAGAACGUUUACUUGUUUGUUAAAGUCUGGGAUGAUUCCUGAGCUUUUGACAUUUUCAACCACAUCAAUAGACUCAUUUACUUUAACAUUAUCUAUGCAAAGAAAAAACAUGAUGAAAAUGUUGUUUUCAGAGUCAGUAUCAUAUGAGAAGACCCAGAUGUGACACACUCUAAAAACUCUUGGGUUAUUUCUUCAACCCAGUUCCUGGGUUAUACAUGUUGAGUUACAUUUCUGGGUUAUUUUUCAGAUCCAUACCCAUUUCUUGGGUAAUAUGGAUUCUAUUGUAACCCAAUUUGAGUUUUUUUUUGAAUGAGUCACAAAUUAUGGGUUAUUUUUCUGAGAGUAACCCAAUAAUUGGGUCAGAACGUUGGGUUCGAGUGACUCUACGUGGUUUCUAGGCCUAAUGGCAAUUAAAGUGACCCGGUGACCUUGUCAACUUUGACCUUGAUUUUGUAUACAAUAUGAUAUAUAUAUUUUAUAUAUAUAUAUAUGUAUAUAUAUAUCAUAUAAACUGGGGUGCCUCUGGGUAGUUACCCCAGCAUAUAUUGGGUGGCUGGGGUAGUUCAGUGGGUAGAGCAUCCAGUUCCCAACCGGGGAGUUGGAGUCUGAGUCCCACAUGAGACAUAUCUGCAAGGAGCAACAAGUUGUAAAUGCAAAGCUCCUUAAAACAGCUUCUCAAAUGCAUAUAUCAAUUUAACCCAAGAUCAUGAGUCAAAUUCACUCAAACAUUGGGUUAACUUGACCUGUAAAAAGGGUUAUUGAGUCAACCCAACAUUCUGGGUCAAAAUAACCCAAUAAGUAGUCAGGCCCUUUUAAACCCUGGUGCUGUUAAAAAACUCUAAAAACUCUAAACUAAACACUCUAAAAACCCCUGUUUUUAGAGUGUACAGCUUGCUAGGUGUCAGUUAACUGAUCAGCAGCAAUCUUUUGUACUUGGAUCUGAAUCCAAACAGCUUUUGAGGCAGUGAUUGAUUUGUCUUAAGAUGAAACAUGAGUUGCUCUGUUUCAAUUUUUUCCAGUUUUGAAGACAAAACUAGGAGAAUAGCACUGGGUCUAUGUUUACAUGUCAAGUCUGAUUUGACAAUAUCUAUCUAUGCAUGUGUGUGAGUGUGUGUCAUUACAGAAGAGUAAAGUGACCAGUCUCUUCAGAUAGAGCAUCAGUAUUCAUACACUUCCCAUUUCUUUGCAGCUUCUUGAAGAACUGAAGAAAGUCAAGUUCCAGCUUGAUGGCCAGGAUUUCUUCUUUAAUGAAAAUGGGGAUUUUGUAAACGGUUAUGAUUUGCUCAUGUGGGAAGCAGAUAGACACCACCGGGAAAUAAGGAUGAUUGGGAAGUACCACAUCCAGGGUGAACAAAUAAAGCUCAUCAUGAAGAACUUAAACUGGGUUUCAACAGUCAACAACACGGUAAGAUAACAGAGCUCACGGCAUCCACUCAAAGAACCGAUGGUGAAGUUAGCAAAAGUCAGAGUAGACCCUGUUCAAAGAGUUUAAUACUGAAUAAUUAAUACAGAAAGUCUGCAGAGAGAGUGAAGUCAUAUCGAUGAGGAAAAUAAAUCACUCUUUCAAAAAGUCCUCUCACAUGGGUGAACCACUAAACUCUUAUUUUCACCUGUCUCAAAAAGAAAACCUAUAAUCAAGCAAUUUUAAUUUCCAAAAUAAGAGUCCCACAGUUUUAAAGUGAUGAUAAAAUUGUAUGGCCUUGUAUGGCCUCAUGUAAAAUAGAUAGACAACAUGAAAGUCCCACUAUAGUAAAGCCAAUAUGAUUGAUCGAUAACUCUGUUGACUGCGAUAGCCUUAAAGGUCUACUGCACAACAUGUUUAAUGAUGUAAACAUUUUCCUUAGUGCACAUUUCAUUACAUUCACAAAGAAUUCACACAAAACUAAAAUGCUGAAUAAUUCUUACAUUUUGAGGAUUUUUUUUUGCACUUUUUCAAAUAUUUAUGUGCACAAUUUCAAAUUAUGAAAAUCGUUUUUAUGCAGAAGUAAUAAUAAUAGAUAUUGGGAUUAUUCAUAAGUGACUAUAGAGACAGAGAGAAUGAAGUGCACUUUUUCUGCUUUCAUUUAUUUAGAGAUCUUUUUUGCAGAGUUAAAAGUUUCUGUUUCAUGUCUUGUUUUGUCCCCUCAGACUCCGUGGGCUCGAUGCUCAGAGCACUGCGCCCCAGGUUCAGCAAAGAAGAUCUUGAAUGUCUCCUGCUGUUAUAACUGCACCCUGUGUGUGGAGGGGACGUUCUCAGAUGACUCGGGUAUGAAUGAGGGACAUGUUGGUUUUAAGUGUGGCUUUAAAUGAGAACAAACUUGAGACAACAAGGCCUCCUUGAUACCACAACGUAUCAUAUUGUACUGCAUCCGAUCAUACUUUACUGUGUUAUAGCAAUCACAUUAUAUGAAACUGUAUCAAAUUAUAUUUAUAUAUUCAUAUAGCCACCUGAGAACAGCACCCUCUAGUGACAGGCUGCAGUAUAGGUCAUAAAUCCCGCCUACGUCAGCCAUCCUUAUGGAGCUGUUUAUUUGUUUAUUACACAGAAGAUAACCCCCCCCAAGUUUUCUAUGAUUGACACUUGAUACCGCCUAUAGCUCACCCGGGGAAUACGCUGUUUUGAGCCAAGCGUCAUCACAGCAACUCUCGCUUAUAUAAUUCUUAUUUUAUUCUUCUGAGCACUUAGAGGACGUUUACAUCUCAUGUCACAUUAACUCAGUCACACCAAGUUCACACACAGAUGGAGAGGCUGCUAUGUAUAGACCCCAUCAGCUUUGGACUAAUUCCAUUCACACACCACUGCACGUAGCCGGUGGGGGGCUGGUGAGGUCAAGUGUUUUGCCCAAGGAUAUGCUGUUCACACUUGGACCGGGGAUCUUCCGUUGACCUUCCGAUAAAGAGACAACCAUCGUCGUGACCUGUUAUAUCAUAAUAAUGCCUAAAACUGUAUUGCAUCCUAUCACAUCUUAUUAUAUCAUAUAAUGUCACAUUGUAUAGUCUCCAAUCAUAUGGUUAUGUAUUGUAACACAUCAUGUAGUUAUUUAGAUUGUAUUAUAUAGACUUUAUUGCAUGUGUGAGGAAAUCAAAAUUUCAGCAGCAUCAGUGUGAACAGAAUAAAAAAAUCCAGAAUGAAAAUAAAUAAAAAAUAAAAAUGCAAUAUAUAAAUAAAGAAUAAAGAUAUAAUAAAACUUAAGAUAAAUUACAUAUUUACAUUAAAAAGUAGGAUAUAAAGCUAUGGACAUUUGCACAUAUUAUUGUAUCGCACUGUACUUUAUCCCGCCUCCACAAACAAAGAAGUAUCUUAAAGUUAAUUUAAACUGAAAGAGACUUUUAAUUUGGCACGGUCUUUAUCUCACUCUCAGGGUACAGUUCCCUUGCAUUUAACCCCCCUACAUUUUCAGUUUUAUAUUUGUCUUCUAUUUGAUGAAACUGACUGUUUUUUAAAUUUACUUUACUUCACUUUCUCCUCCAACAGAUGUCAACGACUGCCAAGCGUGUCCCAAUGGUACUUGGUCCAUGAGAGGAUGGACUCAAUGCAAACCCAGAUAUGAGUCUUUCCUGCGGUGGAGUGACCCUCAUCCUAUCAGCAUGUUGGUUGCCGCAGCCUUUGGUAUUGUGCUCUUGUUCACGAUCUUCGUCAUCUUCUUGGUGAACAGAAAUUCGGCUCCUAUGAAGAAAGCAGAGGUGAGGCUGUCCUGUGUGAUGAUGGCUGGUCUGGCGGUCAGCUUUGCGAGCGUCAUAUGCUUCAUAGGGCGGCCCAGUGUCCAUCUCUGCCGGGCCAGCCAGCUGAUGUAUGCCAUGGGCUUCACCCUGUGUGUGUCCUGCAUCCUGGUCAAAGCUUACCGGAUCUUCCUGGCGUUCCUCCCUUUUGGUCAGAUCGUCAACAGGCGGCUGUACAAACUUUACAAACCGCCCGUCAUCGUCAUUGUCGUGACUUCUCUGCAGGGCAUCAUCUGCCUCCUUUGGCUGCUGUUUGACUCACCAGAUGUUGAUAACACUCCUCCAUCACCACAAAGCAUGAAGAGAGUAAUCCAGUGCAGGGAAGGUUCUACAUUCAUUGGUUUUGGCGUGAUGUUGGGCUACAUCGCUCUGCUAGCGUUUGUCUGCUUCCUCUUGGCCUUCAAAAGCAGGAAGGUCCCUCAGGAGUACAGUGAAACCGGCUACAUCAUCUUCAGCAUGCUGAUGUAUCUGUUUGUUUGGGUGUGUUUCAUCCCCGUUUAUAUCACCAACAGUGAACAGGGGACUUCUGUGCAGGCUUCAGCCAUCCUGGUUUCUACUUAUGGUAUCAUCUUCUGCCAUUUUUUACCAAAGUGCUACGAAGCCCUUUGGAAGGCAGAGGCAGAUGCGGUGGAGAAGAUUCUGAGGAAAUGGGGGGUCAUUUCCAGUCCAGACCAGAAUUCAAACACAGAGACAGACAAAGAUGUAGCUGGAGUGAACACAGUGUUUCAAAGGGACAACAGAUUUUCCGUGACAAGUACAACAACCAUACUGAGGAGUUCAGACAUACUGAGCCCUGUUUCUGAGGUAGACAUACUUCCGACAUCCAACGAAAACAUCCACCCACAUCCUCAGCUGAUCAGGCUAGGAUCAAAUGUAGUCAGGAGACGCAGAAGUGUAUCGUGCUAG